AUGGCCCUGAUGAGAGGAAUGAACCACUGCGAGUUCAAAAAAUACUUGGGAAGGAAAUCCUUCACGGAUCUGGGAAGCGCACUGGUGAAGGCCCAUGAAUACAUCAAAAGUGAUGAACUGAUGACAAUCCCAAAUCAUUAUCAGUCGGCACCGACUAGAAAUGUCGCGCCUAGGCCGGUUCAGCCGGCGCAGCAAAGUCAGAACAGGGGAUUCAGGAAGGAUGAACAGAGGAGGGACCCCCGAGGGAGAGAUCACCAGAAACAGUCAACCAACAUAUACCCCACUUUCCAUGAAUACACCCCAUUGAACGCCCCAAGAGCCGCAAUUUACAAUGUCAACAAGAACGAAAACUGGAAAAGGCCUCCACCAAUGAGCGACAAACCCAGACCACAGUCGAAGUACUGUGCAUUCCAUGACGACUGUGGGCAUUAUACGGAAGACUGCAGAGAUUUGAAAGAUAACAUCGAAGAUAUGAUCAGGAGAGGCUACCUGACGCAAUAUAAAGCCCGACAGAACAACAACAGCAACCAACAGAAUAGCAGCCGGCAGAGCAAUAACAAAAACAACAGGUUACCAUCCACCCAGAUACCACUCAGAAUAGAACAAAAGGCACCAGAAACCAGCCGCAGCGGAGACGCUAGAAACAAUAGCCAGAAAUGGCCAACAGUAUGGGUCAAAUCCGGCGGACCGUGCCAUGGAGGAACAAUCAGUGGAGCAGGUAGAAGCCUGGGCGAGCACCGCCACCUGAUAAACUAUCACAGCGCCAGAAAAUGGCCUACACCCCAAGUCAUGCCAAACAUCUCGUUCACCCCUGCCGACUGCCGCGGAAUCAUUUACCCACACGACGACCCACUGGUUCUGGGCCUCGAAAUAGCAAACUUCCCAGUAAAAAGAAUACUGGUGGAUGGAGGGAGUUCAGCGAACAUUAUCUUUUGGGAAGCCUUCAUUCAGCUGAAAAUAGACGAGAAGGAGCUCACACGAGUCAACUAUCCAGUGAUAGGAUUUUCCGGAGCCACUGUCUUUCCAGAAGGUAGCAUCAGGCUACUGGUGCAGAUUGGAGAGGGGAGAACCGCAAGGGACCUAAUGGUAGACUUCUUGGUAAUCGAAGUGCCAGCUGCAUACUGA